UUCCUUUCGCUUUUCGUUACCACCCAGAGUCUUCGUCAUCUUCGUCCCCCCCCUCCAAAAAUCCUCAAACGUCAACAAUCCCGAAGAUAAUUUCAAAUCAUACGGAUCCACAGCCUUCCUUGUCACAGUCAACUCAAGCUCAGCAGCGUUUACGUGGCGGGACAAGCCCAUUUAAUCAGAUGCCGAUUCUGGGGGAUAAAUUUGUGCCUGAUUUCACAACAGUUACUACAAAUACUGUUCAUACCGGAGAUGUAACAUCUCAAUUCCCUAAGCCAGGAGUAGUGUUUCCGAAAUUUGCGGGAUCGUUUAGUUUUGACGCGAUCAAUUCGUCUUCAAGGAAAAACUCUGAGUCACAAUCAUUAUCAUCGUCUACUAAUAAUAGCAACACCACAAAGCAGCAACAAUUUGCGGUAGUUGCUGUGAAUUCAUCAUCAUCGACAUCGAGUAGCUCAGGAACCGGGUCUAGAUCAAAAACAGUGAUCACCAAUAAUGGGGGUGGUGGUGUUAAUAAUAUUAGUAAUAAUAGUAGCUCCUCCUCAAAGCAAUCAAUGAUGACGACGAUCAAUACUAUUUCAAGCGCAACUACCGGAAAAAGUGUUGUUACACAUGACAAUAACAAUACGGCUACGACUUCAGGUAAUCCAUCCUCUUCGUCUUUCAAUCCACAACCAACACCAGUGAAAAAGUUGCACAUAAAAUUUGGUGACUAUAAUAUAUCUGCUUCGGCGGCGCAUUCACAAAAACAGCAGCAAGAAGAUCAAGAGGUAGCUAAAAGACUUGUGGCUCUACGGGAAAUGUCAUCAGAUGUCGAAUCAGAGUCUACUUCUAAUUCUUCAACGCCUAAAGCGUUUCCACAUCAUAACAACAUCGUCACCAAUAAUAAAGGAAAAAAGAGCAUAAUAUUCGGCAAGAACCGGGACACUGAUAUAGCAAUAGCAGGAUCAUCAACACUACUUUCGUCAUCUUCCGGAUUACCAAUAAUACCUCCAUCACCAUUAUUUUCAUUUGCUACACCACCUCACUCGGAUGGUGGAGAUGAUGAAUUCGAUGCAGAUGAAGACGAUGGGAAUAAUGAGAGCAGUCACACAGAUUGGUUGGACAAUGCCAAUAACAAGAAAAAACGAAAAGCUCUUCAAACGGUAGGCGGGAAUUCGAUAGUUAGUGGAGGUGGCGGUGGUGUGAUCAAGAGUUCUGCCUCGAAAGAACGGGUGAGCCCUUUGCGAAGGGUUACAAAUCGUUCUUCGUCACAGCGUAUCAGUAAUCUGAGUAAAUUAGUGGCACAUAAUAAUGCAUUGUCGUUGGAAGGCUCUUCUAAUAGUAAAAAGAACUCUGCUGGUUCCAAUAGUACAGGUAAUAGUAAAAAUGAAUUAAGUAAUGUUAGACCACCGGAAAAAAGGAACUUUGAUUUCUCAUUUACAGCCCCAGCGGCAGCUAGUGUUAAUGCAGCGAGCGCGAAAAGAUUAGCAGCUGUGUCUCCGCUACAGCCGAUGAAUACAAAAAAUGAUCCUUUCGCCGCUUCGAUGUUUCUCAACAAUAGUAGCAAUACAUCGACGAAAAGAGCAGCACCUUCUUCUGCACUAUUCAAACCAGAUGGGGGACUGAAUAGUAACCAUCAUCACUUACACCCGCAUGGCAUGUCAUCUACAAAAUCAUCAUCACAUUCAUCACAACCACCACCGCCUAUUGCACCAAAACGGCCCCCGAAUGCCCCGCGUAAAAAGAGCAAAAAGAAAUCUUCGUCAUCAACAUCGAUAGGAAUGGGACCACAUCAGCAGCAACAUGAUGACACAUCAUCGACAGGCUCGUUUGAGGUGCAGCAAAUGAAUAAUGCCAAUAAUCAUCAAUCUUCAAUGGGAGGCAGACGAAAAGUCCGAUUUCAGGAGAAAAAUGGAGAUUGGAUUUGCAUAUUCUGUGAAUAUCGACUCUAUUAUGGUGAUGGUGGUCGUCGAAGUAGGCGAAGAACAAAGACAUCUCAUCAUGCUGGUGGACAAGGUAAAAGCGGAGCUGAUCGAGCUUUUGCAAGUUAA